CUGGACUGCGGAGACAACUGAGAGAAGAUGAAGGCCUCCCUCCUUGCCAUACUGGCUUUGAUCCUGUGCGCAAAUCAAGCAAAAGCCCUGUAUUGCUACACCUGUGACUGGGAACAAAGCAACUGGAGAUGUCUGAAGGCCAAGAAGUGCUCGGACAAGGAUGAGUAUUGUGUGACCAAUGUUGCCUCUGUAGGAAUUGGCUUUUUGUCUUUGUGGAAGAGGAUCACCAAGAAGUGCUCCCAGACCUGCCCACACCACAACUUCAGCCUGGGCCUGGCCUCCUACACCUCCUAUUGCUGUAAAACCUUCUUGUGCAACCUCAGCGCAUGCCCAGGACCCAGGCUAGCUCGGCAAUGAGAUGGCAGGGGGGGUCCUGUACCCGUGUCCUUCUUCACCCUGCUCAGCGGUGGUGGGAGAAAGGGGCCUCCUGAAGGCCUGAAGGGCACGGUCAGAUUCCUCCGAAAGGGUACGGACACCAAGCAUGCUGCAGAGUAGAUAAAGUAUUAUGGUCAUCAUCUCCUGCCCUGUGUUGCCUCCCAACCCGUAGCUUCUCUCUUGCUUCUCGUGUCUGAGCUCUGGCGCUCUGGCAGCUUGGUGGAGAAAGCGGCUGUGCUACAUCCCUUGCAGCCUGCGGGAGGGAGAUGCUGCUUCUGCAUGUCCUGCAAAUCUCGAGAGGGGUUUCUUCUCCCACCUUACCUUAUCUCAGGGGCAGCUGGGAGCCGCAUGGAAGCAGCUUCCAGGCUCGGGGAGGUGGGGUGGACAAAAAAUACAACCCCCUCCACACCGGCUCAGAAGGGAAAGAGUGCAAACUCACAAGGUUGCUGCUGGGGAAGGGAAAAAGGCAGAUCUGUGUAUAAAAGGCUGAGCCGGCCAUGGGUGCUAACCACAACUCUCCUCCCUUGCACCUCCUACCCUCUUUGUCCAGCCUCCUGCUCCCAGUCCCCAGCUAGGGACAAUGACAUCCCCGGGUGCCCCAUUAACAGUCAGACACACCAGCCACACACCUCUUCCUGUUGGCUUUGCCUGCAGUGCCACAGUUUUAUCAAAACGACGCUUAUCUGCACAGCCUGCACAUCCACGCACAUCUGCAGGCUUUGUCCCCACCUCCACUUCCAGCAGCUGACCUCGGUCAUCCCGUACAUCAUGUUGCUUUGCUUGCUGGUGGUUAUCUCAGCCAAGUGACCUUAGCCAGGGCUAGCACUGCCCUGGACCUACAGCUUGGUAAUGUGUCUCCCAGCAAGCCAUUCAUUUACCCGUCCCUCCGACAUCCCCCAAAGCAACCGCAGCACAAUGAAAAGUAUUUGCAGCAUUCGGGUUGAACUGCUGAGGAACAGUAGAGGGGUUUGUAAGAGAAGAAUACAGAUUUCAGAGAGGCCAGAUAUUUCAUGUAGAUGUUUCCAGAGGCUGCCGAGAAAUGAUGGUAAAAGGAAUCUGGAAAAAUGAACAAUGAUGAGAGUUCGGAGAUUUUUCAUUGCCAGAGGUGCUGCUGAAUGCUUCUCCUUCCUCCCAAGCAGCACUUUUUGGAGGAGUUUUGCUCUGGAAAAAAGCAUGGAAAUGCUUAAAUUUGGGUCAGCCUGGGCUCCCAAGUCUGCAAAACAUUGCUCAGCCGAGGGAUGAUGCUCUGUGCUGUGCUUCGAACCCAGCCCUGGUAAACAAGAGGGACAAAAGGGGUUUUGAGCUGCGCUGAGCACAUCGGCCUUGGGCUAGUGCCCAUGGCUGCUCUGGAUGAAUGACUUCUUCUGAAGUGCUGCAUAACAGGAGUCUUCGGAGAUGUGUGCUCUCUUUUAUUAAUCAACUUCUACUUUCCUUCACCCCAUCCUUCUCACAGUUGUGCCAUGCCAUGAGGGCAGAUCUCCAUGUCGAAGGAGCCACACUGGGUGAUCCACUUCCCUUUGCCUCUUCAUCAGAUCAUGAUCUUUUUCAUAUUUAGCAAUAUUAUUUCACAUUUAGGAUCUCUUCCUAUUUAGAAAUUUGCAUUUUUUGCCCUGAAGCAAUCCAAGCCUCCUCUUCUCCCUCAGCCUGAAUGCUCAAAAGCUCUAAUUUACUCCUCAUGCAAUAUUUUCUCAUAAAAAAAGGGACUUGUGUGUGUGUGUUUUUUUUUUUUUUUUUUUUCCUGUGUGCCAGAAUUAUUCAGCUCUCUGAAAGCACUGAGGAAUCCCAGUUGGGCAGACUAAUAAUUAAUAUUUCAUUGCAUUGGAUUUACACGUCCUGCAGUAGUGGAGACAGAGUGCCCCACAGCCUGCAGGAAAACACAGUCAAGUAUUUUUUUGCCACUUUAAAGCAAAACUGACUGGGUUUUUUUGCUUGGUUUGGUCUGCCUUUGCUGCAGAAAAGCAUUCUUGU